AUGUACGAAUCGGUCAUUGAAAGAGCCCGGGAAGGACGCUUCAACGAGUCCGAGCGCUGGUGUCAGCUACACCACUUCAUCGGACGGCUUUCUUCGUAUCACGGUGCUAUUCGGGCUAUCAUUUCCGGCCGCAGACGUCUCCACCCGGACCUGUUCGAAAAUUUCGAAAUAACAUGGCUGCCGUCAAGUAUACCCAUGAAUAAUCCGAUGGACACACUCCAAAGCCAUAUGGGUAUGAAGACGCAACAAAAGAGGCGUUCGGCGGACAAUAUUAUCAGGAAAAUGAUGGGAAACUCGGCGGACCGUGAUACGACUCUCGAACAGGCCAAAACUCUUCAGGUCUGUGGCUUGGAUGAGUCCAUCAUGCAUCAGUGUCAAAGGACGUCUUUCAAACCCAUAGUUCAUUGCGAAAUUUUGUUAUUGCAUUAUCUGGAUCAAGAGUAUUGCCGAAAUCGCUAUCACAUCCCGUUCUUCGACGACGUCAAAUUUAUAGGCUGCAGUAAACCUACCUGCCGGCUGUGCGAAUAUUACUUCGCUGCUCAUAAUACAGACAUCCAAGUUCGUCCCGGACACAAGAAUGUCUACUCAAAUUGGACUAUCCCGAAUCUUUUUGCCAACGACUUGGCUGAAGCGAAUGAGAGAGACAGCGUGCUCGACAAGGUCGUCAGCAAGAUUAGAGAGGAUGCACUUCGCGCUUUGAGAGAGAAAAUACCCGAUGGCAAAAGAUUUGACUCAGACACUCACUCAUCUUACCCAACACAUCAGUCGCUGAAAACCAAUGGUCAGCCAAACAUGGAUGGGCUAGCGUCCGCAUUGGGAGACUUAACUCUCGUUAACCCAGCCGACAUGGACGAUUUUCAAUCCUUAUCAGAAGAAAACCGGAGCAUCUUCUUAGAAGCAGAGGGAAACGAGACAGAUGAAGAUGAUUGGGCAGGCUAUGGCCAUGCUGAACAUUCUGGUGGCGUGUCUCUUCAGGGUUGA